CCUUACUACACCCCCCCACUCCUCUCUUCCUUACCUCUCUCUCUCUCUCCCUCAGUUACAACACGCGACCCUCUUUCUCUCUCUCUUUAAGUAUCAGUCAGCCGUCAGCCAUUCAUCAGACAAGGAAGACAGAAUGGUCGGAUACAAGACCGCGCUCGUGACGUCACUGGGGGCGCUGGGACUGGCCUGCCUCCUGAUGCGAGAGCCGCCCCUCCCCUCCUUGGAGCCUGACCCGUGGUGGGGGCCCGGACGCCGCCAGCCCGAAGAGGACACCGUGCGGCCUUUCAAGAUUGACAUCCCUAAAGAGGAAGUGGCCGACUUUCGCACGCGUCUGUCCCUGCCGCUCCGCCUGACGCCGCCCCUCGAACGCGCCAACUUCACCUACGGCUUCAACAGCAUUGCACUCGCGAAGGUCGUGGACUACUGGCGCCGCGAGUACGACUGGAGGGAACGGGAGGAGAGACUCAAUGCCUUUGCUCACUACAAGACGCGUCUGGAGGGCCUAGACAUCCACUUCCUCCGGGCGAAGGCAAGCGCUCAACACCCGAAGGAGGUGAAGGUCGUCCCCCUCCUGUUGAUCCACGGCUGGCCCGGAUCCUUCGUCGAAUUCUACGACCUCCUUCCCCUCCUGACGACGCCGCAGGAGGGCAGUAGCGUCGUGUUCGAGGUGGUCUGCCCGUCGAUUCCUGGCUACGGGUUCUCGCAAGCGCCAGUCAGGGAGGGUUUAGGAAUCAAGGAAACGGGACAGAUAUUCCUGAAGUUAAUGAAGAGAUUAGGCUUCGAGAAGUUUUACCUACAAGGAGGAGAUUGGGGCUCCGCGAUUGCCACAGAGAUGGCUACGUAUUAUCCUGAAAAUGUAAUGGGGGUGCACCUCAAUAUGUUCGGGUCCAUGACUGCCGGCGCUAUAGCAAAGUUAGUGCUGGGGUCGAUUCUCCCAGCUGGAUUUCUUGUCGCUGCCAAAGACCAGGAUAAAGUGUACCCUUUAGGAGAGACCUCUAGGUGGCUUCUUAGCGAAACAGGCUACGCCCAUAUCCAAGCCACUAAGCCAGAUACGGUCGGAGGCGCCCUGAACCAGAACCCCGUGGCACUGGCCGCCUACCUGCUGGAGAAGUUCAGUACGUGGACUCAUAAAGAAAAUGUGUUCCUGCCUGACGGAGGUCUUCUACAGGAGGACUUCCCUAUUAGCCUGGACGUGCUCCUCGAUAACGUCUGUGUCUACUGGUUCACAGGCAGCAUCACCUCAAGCAUGCGCUAUUACGCUGAAAACCUCGGCAGCCGUAACUCCGCUUUUGCCACAGAGAAUAACCCUUGCCGAGUGCCAGCAGGCCUGGCCGCCUUCCCUCAAGAGAUUUCCUACACCCCACAGAGCAUAGCGGCCCACAAAUUUUAUGACAUCGUAAGCUACACUGAUCAGGAGGCAGGCGGCCACUUCCCGGCUCUAGAGCGACCUGCUGACCUGGCCCGUGAUCUCCACCGAUUUGUGACCGCCGUGGAGGCAAGGCAACGUAUGACCCCGGCCUAGAGGGUCAAAGGUCGCCGAGGUCAAUGAGCUUGCGUGGCGGCCUGACUUAUUUUGAGAAGAAAAAUUAUUUGCUAAAGGGAAUUUUUUUUUCUGUUUUUCGAUAAUAAAGAUCAACGUUAUUGUUUAA